AUGGCACAAAUCAAAUCAAUGAAAAAGAACAAAUCGAAAUCUGAUACUUCAGAAGAACGUUCUUCAAUGGUUAAUAAUGUAACAUUAGAUGAACCAGUAAAGAAAAAAUCCAAACGAUUUGGAGAAGAUUUCGAGACUAGAAAUCUUAGUGAUGAAUUUGAUAACGAGUAUGAUGAUGAAUUAAACAAGUAUUUGGAGCAACGAAUUGAUAUGGAAUCAAUUGAUGAUAAUCCUUUAACAUUUUGGUAUGAAUAUCGAUUUGCUUAUCCAACAUUAUCUCAACUAGCACGUUCGAUUUAUUCCAUUCCAGCUACCACAGCUAAUGUUGCGCGUCAAUUUAGUGCAAGUAGAAUGAUGAUUAGCUCAAGACGUACUAGAUUAAAUCCUGAACAAAUUAACAAUACUAAGUUUUUACGUUCAGUAAAAAAAAUGUGUGAUUGUAAUUGUUUUUCAUUCUUAAAUGUUUAUGUUUUUCUAUUUCGAAAUUAUAUGUAUGUAUUUAAAUUAUGCAUUUUCAUCUCAUGA